UCAAAUAUUCUCAUUUUCAAAAAUUAAAAAUCGUCCAAAUCAAACUGGAAAAAAUAUCACUUGUUUAAUCGAUUUGAUUCCAUUUUCGAUUUGAAUCGGGUUCUAAUCAAAUCAUGAAAGAAUUUAAAAAUUGGACAGUGACACUGAACAAUAUCUUAAACAAUUAUGAUCCAUAUAUAUUAUAAAAUUAGUUUCCAAGUUAUUGAAAAACAGAAAAUGAGAUUAUAAAAAAAAAAAAAAAAAAAGAGUGAAAAGCUAGGGAAGAGGAAGAUAAAGCAACGAAGAGUACAGUAGAUGGCAGUGGGUGGAUCCUACAUUUAAUACCAAUUAAAUAAUUGCCUCACACUAAUAGUUGUGCCUGACUCACAGUAAAACCUCACAUUGGGGUUAAUAUUCUGUUGGGCUCAUUCAAGCACAAAUUUCGUGCGUGAAAGGCCAAACUCUUAGUUUUGCAAUUUGAUCCUUUCACGCAUGAAAUUCGUGCGUGAAACCUAUUAAUGGCUUUUUUUUUAUAUUAAUUUGAUUCAAUUUUUUUUUUGUGCUAGAAAAGUCGCGGAUUCAUUCUGCUUUUCCCCAUUUUUUGGAAAUCGACCGAAAUAACCUCUUCUCUCUCACUUCCUUCUAUUCAAAAGGCCUCAUUCGCCAAGGCCAUUACCAACAACAGGAUUUUGUUCGAGAUGUCAACUUGAAAUCUCGAUGAAUCGAGGAGAAUUUUUCAGUUGUAUUUGUUUUAACGAAAAAAGUCGUGCUUACUAUCUCCUCCAUCGUUGUUAUGUAAGAGGAAAAGAGCGAAAAGCUUACUUUUAGGUAGUGGCCUUUCUCAUAUAUAUGAGAUGGGCGGGCCUUUUUAAGCAAAAGAUGAGGAGCGGAAAACCACUUGACUGGUUGGAAAGGGGCAUGUAUUCCCAGGCAGAAUGGGAAUAUACACCUCUAGAUUCCUAUAAUUUCGUGGGAAAAUGAGGCGGGUGAUACAAUUUCACUCCCUCCCUUCAUUUUUUUUUCUUUCCCCCCAUUUAUUUUCCUAUUUUGAUUUUUAGUUUUCCUCUCUCCACAAAAUCUUGCCAAAAAUUCACUGCUUCACCCCAAUCCCAAAAAUACACAGCUUCACCCCAAUUCCAAAAAUUCGACUGCUUCGAAUAGUAGCAAAAUAUGGUAGAAUCACUUCUUUCAGUUGUUGUUGAAGGCGAAGAUAAAGUUUUCAAAGAUGCUAUUGAACCACUAGAAAGUGCUAGCGUAAAUUUGGUACCAAGCAGUAAAGAGGACAUACGAGAUUUUGGUUCGCCACAACAGUUCUUGCAGCUAUACUAGAUUUGGAUAUUGAGAACUUGGCAUUUGCUUUUGCAAGAUCUACACAAAAAGGAGGCUCCAAAAUCAAUUAUUACAUGAGGAAGAAUUAUUUGGAGGAUUAUAGCAGGCUUGAACAUUAGCAGGAUCUUUACAAUGGAUAAAAGAUUAUAGGUCAUAUAAUAUAUCAAAUAUCUAUGCACAAUUGUCAAGGUAUAUUGUUCAUGCUUAAUUAACUUUUUUUUUAAAUAUCUUUUUAUUGUACUAUAUUUAUCUUUUGUCAUAGAUAAAAUUAAGGAAUUUGAAGUUUCUGUUGAUCUGAUGUAUAAAAAUAGCUCACAAAUGUGAAAGGAAUAUUUGAAUAAUCAACAAGCAUAAUGGAGAACCGAAAUAUAUAAAGGAGUUUUACUGAAUCAUUUGUGUAAAGAAUGACUGUGAAUAUAUUAUGUAUGUAUAUGACUCUUAGAUGCGCCCAACGUAUGAUGUUAGAUCUAUAGUAUAUAUAUACAUGCAUGUUUGUAUGUAUGUUUGUACAUGUAUUUGAAUUGCAUAUGCAUGAUGAAAGGGUGUAGUGUAUCUUUUUCAGAAUUUUUUUAAUCGCAAUUUUUUCUUUUACUAAAAUUUUUGCAUAAACAGAGUUCCAUCUUCGAGAAUAAGUGCUAUAUGUAAAUUAGUUUUUUGAAUGGUAAGACAAAACUAAUUAAAAUAAGAGUCUUAUGUCUUUACUAUUUUUUACGAAUAAUAUUUUCUACUUUAUUCCAAUGUUGUUUCUUCUUCCUCUUUUGUUGAUGAUUAUUAGUUCUAUUUAUGAUUAUCAAGUUUUUUAUUUUAUUUUUUAUAUUGGAGCUUAUAUUUGUGUUGAAUGAAAUUAUGAGGACGUAAUAAAAGAAUAAUCAUAAUCAAUGAUAUUAUCUCUAAUUCAAUUUGCUUUGUAAUUAUUCAUUUAUACUGUUUGAAGAAAUGGUCAGUAAUGAAGCAAUAGCGGCUACAUAUACAUGGAAAAUGUUAGUCAAUUGAUAUAAAAGACUUUAUAUUGCUUGAAGCAAUGGCCAGUAAAAUGUUAGUCUGUAAUAAUACCGAUACAAAAAAAUGAGACAUAAAAUUUGCAAUAUCACACAUGCUUCAUAUACAUCUAUUUCUAUUAUUUCUCCGCUCUUUUUUCUUUGAAACGGUCAGCACAUCGCGGAGGUACAUAUACUAGUUUCGAAGAAAACGCAACCUUUUUUCAGUUGGUCCCACUUGGUUGCUAUGUCGUGGGCCCCCCGCCCUGACUUGAUUAAAUUUGCAUGCUAUAUCCUCGUCCUCUCUUUGUCUCUGGAAACGUGUCUGAAGAAGCUCCAAUCUCAAGUCACCUCCUAGCAAAAACCUAGUUCGCAGGUUCGUCCACUUCUAUGGAGUCUUACGUUAUUUGUAUCUUUAUGCACCCACUUUCCAUCAUUUUCUUUACUUAUAUGCUUUCUAAUAUCUAAAUUAAAUACGCUAUGCUAUAUGUGCGCAUCGAAGGUAGCGGGUGCGGGUCCCUUGUCAUUAAAAAAAAAAGGAAGAAGACGGUAUCUAUUUUCAUAGGGUUUGUGAUGUUCUGAUUCUAUCUAAGGUUAAUAAUCAAUGAACGCACCUCAAUACCAAAUCAAAGGGCCGGUUAUAUGAUAAUUUCACAUAUGUUCCCUUCUAUUUGGGUCACUCGAUUCUCUAAUACUUAGUAUUUUGACAAAUUAGGGGUCGUGUGGUAGCUAAUUUGGAGGUGAGUUAUGCAGAUACCACGUUUGGUAGUUGGUUAGGAGAUGUUGUUCAUGUAUAAAAUUAAUACAAUGUAUGGUUUGUAGAAAUCCACAUACCUAAUAUAUGUAUAAGUUAUUAGGGAAUGUAUGUAUUAUUUUAUGCAGGAUAGAAGAUAGAAUAACUAAACUUGCAUAGCUAAUCCUCGCAUAAAAUAAUACCUAGAUUCCUCGCAUUACAAAUACUUGCAUAACCAGCUACCAAACGAUCCCUUAGGGUUUUCUGAAUUUUAAUGGUUCUCUAAAUUCCAAUUACUAGCAAAACUAAAAGGUCUAUUGACAAUCUAGAACCUAAUCCUAAUGGCAGAGCAAAACCAACAAGCCUUAGACCUAACUAAUAGAUCCACGGUUGGUGGAUGAUGAAUGAUUUAUGCAAUAAAUUAAGACAUUCUUUUGUUACGAUGCUAUGUGAGAAAUCUGAAUCGGCUCGACGUUGAGUUGGUCAAGAAUAUGGCAUUGUGUGAACACUUCCACAUUCUCAUAUGUGAACACUUCCACAUUCUCAUUGCUUAAAAGGGGCAGUUGUUCCAUUUCUGAAUUAUGCUGGAAAAGCCUUAUUCAUGGAACUUUAGAUGCAAUGGAUAUGAACAAUAAUAAAAGUUGUCUCAAAAGAUCUAUAAUCUAUCCUGCACAUGCAGAUAAAAAAGAUAACAUAAUGGAAGUAGAAGAUCUAUAUAGGCGAUACACGUACAUAAGUUCUGAUCUCUAACACUAGAGAAAUCUUAAGAGAAUUAAAAUUAUUUAGUUUUGGAAUGAAACAUGUUCAAAUGGAGUCGAAUGGAUAUAGAGAAUUCAUAAAGCUGAUGCCAAUUUUCAGUUGUCAAUGUCGAUUGCCUGUGUUCUAGCUUCUAUAUUUAAGUUUUUCUUUUUUCUUUCUUUUUUUGCUUUUUCAAUGCUUUUGAAUCCACAGAUGUAAUUGUUUACAAGAAAAAGAGGCAAAAGUUAUUGCAGAUUCUUUUGGUCAUGGGAUAUUCAAAGGAGAGUACAUUAUUGAGCAUGUUUUCUUUUUUGAUGUCCUUCGCACCCCUCCUCCUCGCCAAACAAAACCUAAGGACAGCUUUGAAUGAUGGCCCCUCAGAUUAAAAUGAAAUACCAUUCAUUUAAUAAUACGCAAUGAUGGAGUUCCUGAAUGUGCAGUCAUGUUAGCUGUAAUCGAUUAUUUGUUAUCUUGCUCUUCUCGUUUCAGAAUUGCAUUGAUGAAUUGAAGUGGAAACCAGUCCAGCAGUCCAUCAUCUCAACAUGCCAAAAGAUAGAAGGGUGAAUUCCUUUUCCUCAACCGCGCAAGGACAUCUCCGUAUGCUUGCCAGAAAUCUUUGCCACAAGUUGGGACUGAAAGAGAAUGGGAAGACAUUAGGUGCCUAAUAUGUAUGGAGCAUCCACAUAAUGCUGUCUUUUUACUUUGUUCUUCACGAGACAAGGGUUGUCAGCCUUAUAUGUGCGACACAAGUUAUCGACAUUCUAAUUGUUUUGAUCAAUUUUGUAAGUCAUCAGUGUUAAGUUUAAAGUCCACAAAUGCAUUAAGUGAGGGAGAAUCACAAUCAGCUGUAGGAAGUCCACAAGAGGGAAAUAAUGUAUCAGGAGCUUCCUGCCUACUUUGCCGGCGACAUAUCGAAGGAUGGAUUGUUGUAGAGGCUGCUCGUAAUUUCAUGAACUCCAAAACAAGGAGUUGUGCCCUGGAGACAUGUAAUUUCACUGGUAAUUAUGCCGAACUAAGAAAGCAUGCAAGGCAUGAACAUCCGUUUGAAAGGCCGUCUGAGGCUGACCCUACACGACAGUCUGAAAAUAUUAAUAUAAUGGGUAUAUUUUUAAAACAAUUAUAUUUUCAGUUUGUUUUAUCUGCAUGUGCCGGAUAG